CUGGCUGCCCUGGCGCUGAGCAAGGUUUGCCGCGAAACCGGUGGUCGAGGUUACGCCGCGCCGAGAGCGGAGCGUGACCGCCGCGCCGAGUCACGUGGGCCGACCUGGCGCUGGGACGGAAAGAGUAGGAAAACUUCUUCCGGGUCACUGUCGCUGCUGUCACCCUGGGGCGGGAAUUUCUUUUCCUCUUCCCUGCAAACUUAGAGGCUGCACGGGCUUAAGGUGCCUGUGAUUUGAGGAUGAGUUCCCAGAAAGGCAACGUGACUCGGUCCAGGCCUCAGAAGCACCAGAAUACGUUCACCUUCAAAAAUGACAAGUUUGAUAAGAGUGUUCAGACCAAGAAAAUUAAUGCAAAGCUUCAUGAUGGUGUUUGUCAGCGCUGCAAAGAAGUUCUUGAAUGGCGGGUAAAAUACAGCAAAUAUAAACCACUGUCAAAGCCUAAGAAAUGUGUUAAGUGUUUGCAGAAGACAGUAAAGGACUCUUACCACAUAAUGUGUAGACCAUGUGCUUGUGAACUUGAAGUUUGUGCAAAAUGUGGAAAGAAAGAAGAUAUCGUUAUUCCGUUUAAUAAAGAAAUUUCAGAAAUUUCUGAAAAUCAAGGUUUUAACCAUGGAAGAAGCUGCAAAAGGGAAGAAGACAGUGAUGAGGACUUUGGUGCUGAGACUGACUCAGAUGGCGAAGAUGGAGACACUCACGCCUGAGAGCAUCGAGUCAGCUGCAGAGGGCUCAGCAAAUGCACUGACACCCUAACGAGGGAGUCAGAAAAGGCUAUUCGUUAGGCAGAACUGGAUCAUGAGCAACAUCAAUUAUUUAUAACAUUUGAGUAACAGAAUCUUUCAUGUUUUCACUAUGACACUUAAGCUGCAUAUACAGAACAUGUGUGGAAACACAGUGGCAUGUAUAAUCUAUGGAAGCUGUUUAGAAAAACAUAUUACCUAAUGUCAAAUUAUCAGUGCUGAGAACUGGUGAUUGUAUCAGAACUAGCUCAUGGAAAACUAAGAUGGUUGGCUUAGGGUGCCUUUCCAUAGCUUAAUCUCAAGUGUAUGGAUUCCUUAGCAAAAGCCCCCUUACAGCUUACAAAGCAAACAGGUUAUUUUUAUACACACAAAAUCAUGUGUUGUGAUUUUCCUUCAAAAAUAUUUUUAUAUACUUCUUCCUGUUUUUCCUUUAUCUUUUCUACUUGAGAAAUACAUAGGAAAAAAAUACAUAGUUACUAACCAGAAAGAGAAAAAAAUCCAACAUUCAUGCCCAAGUGGAGAUCUUUGCAGGAUCAGAAGCUCCUGUGAGCUUCUUCCUCAUAAGCUUAUCCAUCUCAGAAUUUCAUUGUCCUGAAUUAUCACUUUAUUGCCAGUGUUUCUACUUGUAAAUAGUGUAAGUUGGCUUCAUGUGAUUAUUGAAAAAUGUGUCCUUGUGUUUAAAAUCCCAAAACUAUAGAAAAGUAGCCAAGCAGUACAAUGAACUUUUCUAUACUUUUUAGCCUAAUCUCCACGUAUGUAUAUAUGAUAUGUAUGUGCAUGUACGAAUGUGUGAAUAUAUUGGAUGACUUGUUGAAAUAAAUGUGAAAUUCCGGUUUUGGA